AUGGACAACUCCUCAAAGUGCUGCGCUUUCGAAGCACCCAUCUUGGAUGAAGUCCUACCUCCGAUACUAUUCGUCGAAUUCAUUUUAGGCCUUAUGGGGAACGUCCUCGCCCUCUCUAUGUUCUUCUUCCACAGGGACACCUGGAAGCCCAAUUCUGUUUAUCUUGCCCAUCUCGCUGUGGCAGAUUCGGUAGUCCUUUUCUGCCUUCCUUUCAGGGCCGACUACUACCUCAGGGGUAAGGACUGGGUCUAUGGAGACGCUUUCUGCCGUAUUUUGCUCUUUCUUUUGGCCGCCAACAGAGCUGCAGGUAUAUUCUUCCUCACUGCUGUCGCCGUGGACCGAUACCUGAAGAUCGUCCACCCUCUCAACCGCAUCAACCGAAUGGGUUUGACCUACGCUCUGUGGGUCUCUGUGGGCCUGUGGGGUCUGAUCAUAGCCAUGACUGUCUACCUCCUAACAGACAAGCAUUUCUACUAUAGAAAUAACCGCACACAAUGUGAGAGCUUCAACAUAUGUUUAGGUCACAAUGCAUUGUCUGACUGGCACAAUUCAUUCUACGUUAUCCAGUUCUUUGUGCCCACCGGCAUUGUUAUCUAUUGCACGGCUUGUAUUACGUGGCAGCUGAAGAGUAAGACAGUAGACACACAGGGCAAAAUCAAGAGAGCCGUGCAGUUUAUAUUAGCAGUUGCUCUAGUUUUCAUUAUAUGUUUCUUCCCGAGCAAUGUCUCCCGUAUCGCCGUCUGGGUGUUGAAGAGCUGGUAUAGUGAGUGCCAGUAUUUCCGUGAUGCAAAUGUGGCUUUCUACACGACAGUCUGCUUUACCUACUUCAACAGUGUGCUCAAUCCCAUCGUCUAUUAUUUCUCCAGCCCAGCAUUCAGUGGAUCCCUCAAGAAAAUCUACAUGAAACUUCUAGGGAAGAAAAUGGACGAUGAGGACGACUAUGGGAAGAACAAUCGCAGUUCUGUUACAGUAUCAGCUAAUGUAUCUUAAGUUAAUAUUCACUAUGUAGUGUUGAUGUUAUAAAGUCAUACACAUUAUAAUUCAUAAUAAUAUAUUUACUCAGAUGUCAACGAUAGGUGUUAAUGUA